GUCCCGGCCCCACAGUCCAUGCUCUGACACCAAGCUCACUGCCUCUGUCAGUCCACGUUUCAGCCAUUCCCCGUCUGAGUCAGAACCUGCCUGUUCCUUAGCUUCCAAAGUUUAUUUUCUUGAAUCUCAGUGACCCUGUCACAUUGGACUCAUCCCACAUCUUUACAACAUCCUCGGACAGCAGCCACCUGUAGACAAGUCGCCCUUCUUUCAUUUCCCGUGGUCUCUGCGAUGACUUCCAUUAGCUGUUGGGUCUGGGGUUUGAUUUUACCCUCAAAAGCCCAUGAGGUCUCUUGUUAGUUUCUUGGAUGCUGGCAGAACACAAGCAAUUCCUGGGUCAGAGACCAGGGACCUUAUUGCUCUGUGGCAAGCGCACAGCAUCACCUGCUGGUGUGGUUCCUGGGCCCGAAGUCCCGCAGGCAACGGGACAGGCCUGAAAGGGCUCCUGCAUGUGUGUCUGAGAGAAACAGAACCUGGGGAACCCACCUGUUUUGUAGCAUGUGGUCUAUGAAGCAAUUGAUACAAGAGAUGGGGCGUCCCUUGCAGAGCUGGUGUCUUUCAAGCACCCCCAUGUUGCCAACCCGCGGCUUCAGAUGGCCUCUCCAGAAGAGAAGUGCCAGCAGGUUCUGGAACCCCCUUAUGACGAAAUGUUCGCAGCUCAUUUAAGGUGCACGUACGCAGCGGGGAACCACGACUUCAUAGAGGCGUACAAGUGCCAGACUGUUAUCGUCCAAUCAUUCCUACGGGCAUUUCAGGCCCACAAAGAAGAGAACUGGGCUCUGCCUGUCAUGUAUGCGGUGGCACUUGACCUUCGAAUAUUUGCCAAUAACGCGGAUCAGCAGCUGGUGAAGAAGGGGAGGAGCAAGGUCGGGGACAUGCUGGAGAAGGCGGCCGAGCUGCUGAUGAGCUGCUUCCGCGUGUGCGCCAGCGACACUCGUGCUGGUAUAGAGGAUUCUAAGAAGUGGGGGAUGCUGUUUCUGGUGAACCAGUUAUUCAAGAUCUACUUUAAGAUCAACAAGCUCCACCUGUGUAAGCCGCUCAUCAGAGCCAUCGACAGCUCAAACCUGAAGGCCGACUACAGCACUGCCCAGAGGGUGACCUACAGGUACUACGUGGGGCGGAAGGCCAUGUUCGACAGCGACUUCAAGCGAGCCGAGGAGUACCUGUCCUUUGCUUUUGAGCACUGCCACCGUUCAAGCCAGAAGAACAAAAGGAUGGUCCUCAUUUAUCUGCUUCCUGUAAAGAUGCUCCUGGGUCACAUGCCAACCAUUGAGCUUCUGCGAAAGUAUCAUCUCAUGCAGUUUGCGGAGGUGACCAAAGCUGUGAGCGAAGGCAACCUCCUCCUCCUGAACGAGGCUCUGGCCAAGCACGAGACCUUCUUCAUCCGGUGCGGCAUCUUCCUCAUCCUCGAGAAGCUGAAGAUUAUCACCUACAGGAAUCUUUUUAAGAAAGUGUACUUGCUACUCAAGACACACCAGCUGUCUCUGGAUGCCUUCCUGGUUGCCCUGAAGUUCAUGCAGGUGGAGGACGUGGACAUCGCCGAGGUCCAGUGCAUCCUGGCCAACCUGAUCUACAUGGGUCACAUUAAAGGCUACAUCUCACACCAGCACCAGAAGCUGGUUGUCAGCAAGCAGAACCCAUUCCCACCACUGUCCACGGUGUGCUGACCGCACCCUCAGCCCCGAGGACGGGCGGGGUGACCCUGGUUCCCAUCCUGCCGAGGACUCGUUCUCUGCCCUGGAGUCUCGGGGUCUCUUCCCGGGGAUGCUGAGACCUCAACGGCUCCAGCAUCACGGCUGCUGAGUGCCUGCCUCACGGAGGCCUGGAAGCCCCUUCUCAGCAAGCGCAGCCGCCUCCGCUGGCCCUGGGGUGCCGGUGGCACUCCGUGAAGGACGCUGCGUCUCCCAGGCAGUCGCUGUGACGUCUCACGGGUGUUGUUCACAGAGGCGUCUUUGUAACUCUUUCUGUAAACAAGGCGAUCUGAAUUUAUACAGAAAGGUGGAUUCUUUACUGUAUCUUCUGGGAUGUGUCUGUUUUUAUGUUAAAUUUGAACAUUUUGUGUGAUCAAAUGCUUGGUUAACUUAAUGCUUCUUUUUAGAAGCUGGUCUGAGUUUUCUGAGUAAUACCAUGUUCCCAGAGUGUGCA